AGGGCCCGGCCGUCCCGCGGGAGCCCCGGCAGCGCAGCCCCACCCCGGCCGGCGCGCCUCGCUCCCACGCCCCCGCAGCCGUCUCGCCGGAGCCCAGCGACCGAGGCAGCGGGGGCGCGGGGCGCUGCAGGAGCUGACAUGGACCCGAAUCCUCGGGCAGCCCUGGAGCGCCAGCAGCUCCGCCUUCGGGAGCGGCAGAAAUUCUUUGAGGACAUUUUACAGCCGGAGACAGAGUUUGUCUUCCCCUUGUCCCACCUGCAUCUCGAGUCGCAGAGACCCCCCAUAGGUAGCAUCUCCUCCAUGGAAGUGAAUGUGGAUGCACUGGAACAGGUAGAACUCAUUGACCUUGGGGACCAAGAUGGAGCAGAUGUGUUCUUGCCUUGCGAAGACCCUCCACCAACCCCCCAGACAUCUGGGACGGACAACUGUCCAGAGGAGCUGAGCCUGCCGGUGGCCACGCCAGACAGGACCGCGUCCCGUACCUCCUCCUCGUCUUCCGAUGACUCCACCAACCUGCACAGCCCAAAUCCCAGUGACGGCGGAGCAGACACGCCCUUGGCACAUUCUGAUGAGGAAGAGGAUGGGGCCGAUGCAGGGGCAGAGCCUGGAGCUUGCAGCUAGCAGUGGGCGUCCAUCGAUAGACUGACCGAGCUGGUUCUUCCCCACAGGGGACGCUAGGCCCAGCCGGAGCCCUGCGGAGGAGACCAGGCUCUACUUGCAGCAGGCAGCAGGGGGAGGCGAGGACGGUGGGAUGGUGCGCCUCUCUGGGAAUUAACUCUCCUGCUUUAUUGCUAACCUUUCCCGCCGCGACCCUCCCACCAGUGUUUGGCUUACUCCCGAGGCAGGGCUUACAGGCGCGCAGACGGAAGAUGACGUAGGACAAGAUGCCACUGCUUUUCCUAGCGCCCCUCCCUCCCCAGACUGUCCUGCAUUCUUCUGAUAGACCCCCCGACACCAGUGGCUCUAAGUGCACGUGAACUGCCAGUGCUCCCCGUGCGUGGUACCCCUGCUCCCUCACCUCCUGUUUGGGAACAGGUCACGGUAUAGAUAAUAAACAAAUAAUAAUAUA